CACUCGCAGCUUGGUUUCGGUUUCCGGUUCGCAUCGACAAACAGACCCCAGGUUUGGAGGAUGAGCUCCAACAAUGGGACCAGGAGGAAAGCCAAGCUGAAGCAUUUUACUGACCUGGCGCCAUCCGACCCUGAAACACGCACUGAGAUUCAGGGCCUUUUUCGUAAAGUUAGAACCUACGUGAAGCCUCCCACUGGGGAGUGGCACGUCCCCAGUCCCAAUGAUGCUCUCAGACACGCGGUGAAGGGGCACUGUCAGCUACAGGCCCUGAAAGAGUCCUUGAACACUGUGAAGAACCAGCUCAGUGACAAGAAUGUCCAGGUUUGGCAUCAGCACACCAACUCCACCAAUCGAGCAGGGAAGGUGAUCGCCGCUGUGCGCUCUGCUGCCAACGCGGAGAUCUGCACUCAGGCUUGGUGCAAGUUCUAUGAGAUCUUGGGAACUUUUAACCUUCUCCCAGAGGAGGCUCUUCAAAGUGGAGAGCUGAACACAGUCCACCUGUGUGAAGCACCGGGUGCCUUCAUAACGGCUCUGAACCACUACAUCAAAACCAGUGAGUCCACGCGUUACUGUGACUGGAGUUGGGCCGCAAACACUCUCAACCCAUACCACGAGGCUAAUGGGGGGAGCACAACCAUCGUUGAUGAUCGAUUGAUUGCAAACACGUUGCCGUGGUGGUUCUUUGGUUCAGACAACACAGGAAACAUCAUGAUCCAGAAACACUUGCUGGAGCUGCAGGUGUUUGUUUCUAACAUGCGUAGAGUAGAUGUAGUGACGGCGGACGGUAGUUUUGACUGCCAGGAGAAGCCAGAUGAGCAGGAGGCUCUUGUGGCAUCGCUGCAUUACUGCGAGGCCACGGCAGCACUGCUGCUCCUGAGCCCGGGUGGCUCCUUUGUGUUGAAAAUGUUCACGCUGUACGAACACUCUUCUGUCUGCUUACUCUACCUGCUGAGCUGCUGCUUCCACUCCGUCAACGUCUUCAAACCUGCCACCAGUAAGUCUGGGAACUCUGAGGUCUACGUCGUGUGUCUGAAUUAUGACGGCAAGGAAGCUGUGAGGCCUCUGCUCUCGAAACUCAUCCGGAACUAUGGUCCCCAUCUGGCCGAUCAGGAGGCACUUUUCCCAAAGGCACUGAUCCCAGAGUCGUUCCUGAACCAGCAUUACGAGGUGUGCUCUUACUUUCACACGCUGCAGGUAGAGACGAUCACCGAGAACUUGCAGCUGUUUGAAGGAAUGAGCGCAGAGCUGAAGCAGCAGCUCGACCACGUCAGAGAUUCUGUAGCUCAGGAAUAUCUGCAGCGAUUCCAGGUGAUCUUCCUUCCUCGGAGCCGAUGGAUUUCCCGCAACACGGUGACUCCCGCCUGCUGCGUCGCCUCUGGGGGCCGCUCUCAAGGACCGAUGAAGCAAACAGGCUCCUUUAAUGAGCGAAGGGAGCUGCAGACCCUGACCUGGAGGCAGCGCAUCGAGAGGGGUAACCAUGCCAGCUGGAUACAGAGACACUUCACUGAUGCCGGGGGGACGGGCUGCGUUCUGGAAGGCCCCCUGUCCAAGUGCAACGUGGAUUCAUGGUAUGUUGUGGUUGGCGCGGCACUUCCCGCGAUCAUAAACUCUCCGUUCUGUGAAGGUGGAUUGUUAAAGCACCUGAACGAAGCCCUGGCGGACACAGUGGUGGACUGGACCCGCGUCUCGCCCUGCGACUCUUGUCGUACGGCUUGCGCAGCCUCCGCCCUGUCCAUCUCCAAAGACGACAGCAGUAAGAGCAAAGAUAAAAAGCGGUGUCUGGUGUUUGGCAGCCGCUCAGUUUGGGCAGCAUGUGAGAGCCAAACGGAGGAUUUAAUCCUGACAUUUUCUGCAGAGCCCUCAUUUCCUCAAAGAGGCUGUGUCACGCUGCACGACGGGGAGCCGCUCUACCAGCAGCAGCUCGUACGCUGCGCUGUCCUCUCCCUGCAGACGCUGAACCCCGGGGACGCCCUGCUGUUGCCCGUGUUUUCUGCCCUCACCCGUGUCACGGCAGCCGUUGUGCUCUGCCUGCGUUCGUGCUUUCACUCUGUCACGUUCAGGUGUCCGCCCCCAUGCGGCGUCAUAGGGGCCGCGCUCGUGUGCGCGGGCUUCUGCGCCGAAGCCGCCGCCCGGAUACUCCCCACUCUCACGGGCGUCCGCGACUGCAUGGGCGAGCUGUUGGGCGGAGAUGAGGGUAAAGGUCAGUCGCGUGACGGGGACAGACAAGUGCUGCAGUUUGUUCCCAUGGAGGAGCUUCUCAGUGCAGGGCUGACGGAGUUUCUGUGGACCAUGAACUCUGAGAUCAUCCAACAGAAGCUUCAUCUGCUCAUGCAGCCGUAGACGAAGCCCAUGUUAGUGUUCACGUAUAUCACACGACCAAUUGGGUACACUGAGUUGCACAUACUGGUGUAAACAGGAAGUUGAUUCUCUGCCCUGGAGGUCACAGAGUAUUAAGUUCACUGGGCAUUCCUGUGCCAAACUUCACCAACCGUGACAUAUGAUUCUACCACUGUACAAACACUUGUACUUGUACAGUUAACAGCACUUCUAUAUCAUUUGUUUCACAUUAAGUCGGUGUUACACAUAGUAGGCUACUAUUCAGUUUGAGGGAUACGUUUGCGCCCAUUCUGACGUCUCUCUCUCUGGAUAGACGUUGGUGAGCUCACAGGUGAUGUCACUCCCGGCUCCGUAUUCCUGCUUUCACUAACAGCCGAUUGUCGGGUUGUGGCCGAUAAGAAACGGCGAGGAAGUGUGAACGCAUUGUUUGUUUGUAUUUUUGAUUGUUUAAACUAAAAACGCAGCCAGUAAAUUUUCUUUGAAUGGACAACGGAGCGGGCAGUGUCUUUCAAACUCGUCGUUUGCCAUGUCGCAGCUCACUGAGCUGUGACUCGUACAUGUUCCAGGAGCUGUGCGUCAUAAAGCCCGUUUUAGGGCCGUCAGUCAAUUACUACACGAAUCACCAGCUGUUUUGAUGAUGAUUUUUUAAAUAAAUUAAUUCAAUAAAUCGUGAUUUUUUUUCUCAAAUUUCAGCGUCUGAAUGUAAAAUGUCUCCUGGUUUACUAUAAAUCACAGAAAAGUAAUGCGUUUUUCCCUAAAAAAAAGAAAGAAAAAGAAGCUUUAAAUCACAUUAGCUUUAAAGCUGCAGUGUGUAACUUUGAGUGAUUUCUUUUUUAAUGAUAUUGUAAUUCUGCCUCUGUUUGGUGUUUUUAACAUUAUUUGUUUGCUGUGUCCUUCACAUCAAAACAGGCUGUCAAGCAAAACUAUCAGACCUGACUGAGGGAGUGUUUGAGUGUAUACAGCAGCAGAGCAGGGUGGGCGGGAACAAGACGUAUUUAUCUUCCCAGCAUGUGGCCUUGUCGUUUAUUUCUCUUUCUUAUUUUGUCUGAUUUUAUUCUUCUUCUUCUUCUUUUCCACUUUGUUUCCGGUUGCUAAUAUCAGUAGAAAGUUUGUCUUUUCAUACAAGAAUAAUAAACAUUUGCACUGACACGUGAAA